ACCUAUAUCGGCGCGGGUCUGUGUUCCUACAAUUUACGCUUUUCUAUAUAUUUCCUCCUGCACCACUUAACAAUAAUAUUGCAAUAGAAUCAGAAUCCCUUUCUUCUCUAUCUAUAAAUUACUAGUACUAUAUAAUAGCAUGGCAGAAUCAAUAUCAUCCAAUCAUAUACCUGCGCCACCGGCCAAUAAUAACAAGAAGCUAGCGGGGAAAAUUGCAAUAAUCACCGGAGGCGCAAGCGGAAUCGGUGAAGCAACCGCCCGUCUUUUCGCCGAUCACGGUGCUCUUAUGGUGGUUAUUGCUGAUUGUCAAGACCAAUUAGGCCAACAAGUGGCCACAUCAAUUGGAGCAAGUAAGUGUAGCUUUUUCCAUUGCGAUGUUUCAGAGGAAGAGCAGGUGAAAUCAUUAGUUGAAUGGACGGUCAACAAGUUUGGUCAACUAGAUAUAAUGUUUAGCAACGCUGGGAUCUUAGCUGACUCCGAUCAAACCGUUAUUGAUCUCGACUUUUCAUCAUUUGACCAUUUAUUUGCAGUAAACGUCCGGGGAAUGGCCGCCUGCGUAAAGUAUGCAGCGCGUGCAAUGAUAGAGCAGCGCGUUAGAGGGAGUAUAGUGUGCACCGGAAGUGUGGCGGGGAGUAAAGGUGCUAUGAAGCGUACUGAUUAUGUGAUGUCGAAGCAUGCAGUGGUGGGAUUGGUUAGAUCAGCGAGCGCGCAGCUUGGGGUGCAUGGGAUUAGGGUGAACUCCGUGUCACCUUAUGGAGUUGCGACGCCGAUGACAGUACAUGCGUAUGAGAAGAGCGUGGAGGAAAUUGAGACACAAUCAAGAUCAAUAAACUCGAUUUCUCCGUUUCCUGAAAGCAAGAAGAAAGCAAUAUUGGACAGAGCCAGACGUUUUGGAUUCGGGUUUUCUACACAAAGAAAAAGAAAACAACAUAAUGGAGUCGUGGCAUCAAGCAAUGUGGCUGCACCCUUUUGGGAUUCUUGGAAACCUGAAAAGUCUUCUCCUUCUCCUUCUUUCAGCGAUGUUAUCUGGCCUUCUGCAGGAGCAUUUGCAGCCAUGGCAAUAUUGGGAAAGAUGGAUCAAAUACUUGCCCCAAAAGGAAUUUCCAUGACAGUUGCUCCUUUGGGAGCUGUUUGCACUGUCUUAUUUGCUAAUCCUUCUGCACCGGCUGCUCGGAAGUACAAUGUUUUCAUGGCUCAGAUUGGUUGUGCAGCAAUUGGAGUAUUGGCUUUCUCAAUAUUUGGCCCUGGUUGGCUUGCUAGAAGUGCUGCCCUUGCUGCAUCAAUAGCUUUCAUGACCUACACACGUUCUACUCACCCUCCAGCUGCUAGUUUACCACUAUUGUUCAUUGAUGGAGUAAAGUUUCAUCACUUGAAUUUUUGGUUUGCUUUGUUCCCUGGAGCUGCUGCAUGCAUUAUCCUAUGUUUGAUACAAGAAAUAGUGUGUUACUUGAAAGACAACAUCAAAUUUUAGGCCAUGAAAUAUAAUUGAAAAGGUUAUGCUUUCCCUGAACUCAGUUGAGGAGCACAAUUGAAGGCAUCAGAAUGAUCUUUUCCACAUAAUAGCCUUCAAAAUAAUUAAUCCAUUGAAGGGUAUGCUUGCUUUAUUUUCAUGGUUGGGAAGGUUUGAGAUAAUGAAUGUGUUUGCUAUUUCUUGCGGAACAUAGAUUAUUUCCUACUGUGUUGGGAAAUAAUAGAGAAUACAGAAAAUCACUUAUUUUUCUCUGGGAAAGAGAGUUAAGAUGAGUCUUUUGUAAUGUUAUCUCUCUGGGUGUACAGAAGCCUGCAAGAAUAAUUAAUUAUAAUGUAAAAUCUUAUUUGAAAAUGUUAGUGCCACAUUCAAUUUUCCUUGA